CUUCUAAAUUGAAAGAACACACACAUGAGAUAGAAUUUUAUUUCUAAGAGAUAAUUUUAGAGGGCCAUCAGCCAUGUCAAAAUCAUUUCUAUGAGACAAUCCCAGAGGGUCAUGAUGAACUAACUUUUGUUAGGAAGCAUUUAGUCAAGGUGGGCUGUGCUAACCAUGCCGGCGCUCCACGCUUUUAUUAAUAGUCGCCGUAUGUUGGUUAGAAUAUUACCUUUCAUACUUGUAUCCAGUUUGUUCUUUUAUCUUCACAAAUGUGCCGGAGGUUUCAGUAUCGCAACGUGGAGAAAUAUAAAUCUAUUUACAGCUCAGCCACAACAAACAGUGCCGGCUAUCAAUCCAGAGUGGCUAAAAGGACAAUGGGUAUACGAACCUCAACAGGCUGAUAUAUUCCAGCGUGACCUGCAUAGCUACACACAGUUCCCGUCGAUUGAUAAGGAUUGUAUCUGGUUCAAGGAUACUGCGGUGGUGAAUGGAACGGACUAUUUGAACUGGCGGUGGCUGCCUGUUAGUGGUGUACAGGCGUCGCAUAGUACUGUGGGGCUGUUGACAACCAAUUACACCGCUACAUCUGGGAGUAAAAGGUCUCUGGCAUCACAGCCACUAAGAACUCUGUCCAGGUCUGACAUAUUCAAGUGUCUAGCUGGUAUUAAUCUAACCUAUUACGGCGACUCGUUGUCGCGGCAGAUGGGGUUAUCUCUGGGUGGUCAGUUAUUCGACACAAGUGGAACAAACCCUGUAGUGGGCAACGAUGGGUAUACUGUAGAGUAUACAAAGGCUCAAAGUACGGAUGAUAUGAUUCCAGUUAGACUGAAUUUCCGCGACAAUGCUAAAACGCACACGUAUUCACACGAAGAGAAGGGCAGGAAGCUUAAUGUAACAGUGACAUGGGCUCAACAGAACUGGUGGGUAGGUUUCCACGUUGUGAACCAGACUGUGUUUUCCUUGCACCCCUAUGAUGUGUCGGCAAACCUUGUGAAUCUUGUCACAGGUCCGGAACCUUCUCAAAAUAGUUCGGUGAUAGUGUUGGCCCUGGCGCAUUGGUGGACUAUGAAACACUGGGGAAACACUCUAACUGUAGACUUUGCCAAGUAUCCCGAACUGAGGCUUAGUAGCGACAUCAAUGGCACCGAGCAAUUACUGAGAGUGUAUGACCGUGCAGUUGAGACGACUGUGAAUUACAUCGUAUCCAACAAUUUCACGGGCACAGUGGUGUGGCGCACGAGUACCUCGAUGCAAUACGAUUCGAAGAAUACAUGCGCAUUCGAGCAUCCCCUCCAGGCUGACGAAACCACCCAGAUGCACAACGUGGGUGCGAUGAAUGAUAUACUGAGAAAGCAUGUGAAGCCGGUCGUGGCUGAACACCCAAAUCAUUUACUACUGGAUGUAGAAGCGCUUACAUUGCGGAGAAACGAUGCUCUUGCGUUUAGAGGUGGGCACCACGACUGCACACACUGGUGUUUGCCCGGUGUGCCGGAUCUAUGGAAUCAGAUCAUGUUGAAUGCUAUUUGCUAAUGCAGAAUAGAGAAUUCACUUGCCGACUUCAGAUGUUGACAGAGUAUGUCCCUCAACCGCACACGUGUUAUAAAAACCAGAUUGUCAAUUAUUGUACC